GAGACGCCGUCGGUACCGACGCGUCGGACGCGCCCUCCUACACGCGCCGCCUGCCCUGCAACCACGCGAAUGGCAGGCGGCGGACGCGCGUCGCCCCCGUCGUAGCGCGUACCUACGUAGAUCCAAUGAGAAUGCGAAUCCAUUUCGUUGUCCGUGCUACGAGCACACGUCGUGGGCCACAGCGACAACGACCGCCGAUCGCGUUCCGCCCGCCGUCCCAUCGCGCACGAUCUCCCCCGCCGUCAAGUCCCCCUCCCUCGAUUCCUCUUCAACUCAACAAAUUUCCAUUCGCAUGCCUAGCCUACGAUACUAUCUACACCUAUCGCCCUACUACCGACUACUACCCGCCUCACCGCUUCCUGCCGUCGGAGCAAGGGGAUCUCCCACCCUGCCGCUCCCUCGCUCCCGACCGGCUCCCACCCCUUCACCCCCUACCUUCCCCUCCCCACCUUAACUCCCCCUCGAUGUUUACGGCCCCCUCCCCCUUCUCGCUCCACACCUCACCUCCCCUUCGCUUUUCACAUGUACCGCCCCCGCCCCCACUCCCUACCUUCCCCGCCCCCUCUCCCUACUCCUCGCUCCCCCACCUCCCUUUGUCAAAGGACCCAGCCGCCCUGACUUCGUGAGACAGAUGAGUAUGGGGGGCGGGAGAAAGACGUGACGCGGGGAGAUUCUUGCUCCCCUUUCUCCCCUCCCCCUUCGCCCCGAAUCUCGUCCCCCUUCAUCAUUAAUCUCCUCCCCCCUUCGUCCUGCAUCUCCUCCCCCUCCUCCCCCUUCGUCUUCGUGGCGCGAUAGAUUUCGCACCGUCGUGAUCUG